CAUAACUUGAAAAAUCUAUCUCUCUUUCGAUUUCUAUCUUCUUCCAGUCCCUCUCUUCCUUUCUAUUUCCUCUUUCGUUAUGUUGUAUUGUUAAUUUGUCUUCUGCUGAAUUCCAUCGUACAAUCCCCUAUCGCAAGCAUCUUUAAGGAAUUUAACUUUGCCCGUUUGAACCCCCACCAAAACCUUUGUUCGUUUCAAGUGAUUUUCCGAAUCUCUUAAUAAAAAAGUGCAGCAUAGUGCUUCUAUGUCAUUGUUUUGUAACGUAUCGUAAUUGUCCAUGUAAUUAUGCCUGUGUGCUGCUUCAGCUGCUGUUCUAGAUCGCUUAAGACCAUAAAUCUGAGUCUUUGUUUGAAAUUCAGAACCUGAGUGUCCAUCAGUUUUAAAUUUCCACUACUGGGUUUGAUCAGUGCUGGUUAAAGUUGUUUUCUUUAGAUGAAAUUCAUUUCGGCGCACGUUACAAAUUCCCACAAAUGGCUUCAAAUGUUCGGUGUUGUAUUUGGUGGUACAUGCACUUUGGGUUUCAUAUAUCUGUAUCUUUGCUUUAUACCUUAAAUCCUCCGUGCAGUGUUUAGUGUGCUGUUAUUAUCAGCUCAUCUUUCAUUUCGAAAAGAAGUAUUUUGCCCUCGGCAUCAUCUAUUUCUAUCACUUCCACCUGUACCAGGCCUAGGUUUUUCUGUCAUAGCAAAGAAAGAGAGAUGAAGGCUCAAGUUUUUCAUUGCUCAAUUGUCCUCAACUAUAGGAUCCAUCUAUCACUCUCCAUGCUGGUUCAUAUAUUUUGUUUCUUCAACUUUUAAUACAAUAUAUGUUUCGUAAAUUUAGGUGUCUAUGUCAAUCGCCUGUGGCCUUCCCAUCCUUGAGGGCGUAUACUGUCUGGCCUGUGCUCGCUGGGUGUGGCAGAAAUGCCUAUAUACCGCUGGCCAUGAAAGUGAAAACUGGGGCGUAGCUACAGUUGAAGAAUUUGAGCCUGUGCCUCACCUUUGUCGCUUAAUCUUAGCUGGCUAUGAAGAUGAUAUUCUUAGCCCACUUUGGGCUCCUCCUGGAGGUUAUGGAAUUAAUCCCGAGUGGGUAGUCGUACGUAAAGAUUAUAAAGAAACUGUAGGCCAUGUUACUCCUUAUAUGAUUUACCUUGAUCAUGAUAAGGCCGAUAUAGUUCUAGCCGUUAGGGGACUCAAUUUAGCAAAGGAAAGUGAUUAUGAAGUUUUACUUGAUAACAAAUUGGGGCAGACAAAAUUUGGUGGUGGGUUUGUCCACAAUGGGCUGCUAAAGGCAGCAGGGUGGAUUUUUGAUGCAGAGUGUGAGGUUUUGACGGAAUUGGUUGAGAGGAACCCAAAUUAUACCUUGACAUUUACUGGUCAUUCUCUAGGAGCAGGUGUGGUUGCACUGUUGACAAUGGUGGUAGUUCAGAAUCAUGGAAAAUUAGGGAACAUUGAGAGAAAGAGGAUCAGAUGCUAUGCUUUAGCUCCUCCUCGGUGUAUGUCACUAAAUUUGGCUGUCAGAUAUGCUGAUAUUAUCAAUUCUGUUGUACUCCAGGAUGAUUUCUUACCUCGGAGCACCUCUGCCCUGGAAGAUGUAUUUAAGUCACUUAUCUGUUUGCCAUGUUUACUGUGCCUAAUGUGCCUGAAGGAUACAUGCACACUGGAGGAGAAGAUGCUUAAAGAUCCAAGGCGGCUCUAUGCACCCGGUCGUCUUUACCACAUUGUUGAGCGGAAGCCCUUAAGGGGCACUUCAUCUAGAAAUUCCAGCAUAGAUUUUGAAGCUUGUGUGGUUUGUCUUCACAACGAAAUCAAAGAUGGCAGCCUGCUGCAGGCCUCAUGUGCAUUCCAAGGCUUUAAGAUUCGGUUAGGAAGAUUUCCACCAGUUGUGAGGACAGCAGUACCUGUGGAUGGGAGGUUUGAGCACAUGGUUCUUUCUUGCAAUGCAGCUUCCGACCAUGCUAUCAUUUGGAUAGAGAGGGAAUCACAAAGGGCUUUUAACUUAAUGCUAGAGAAAGAUAAGAUUAUGGAGAUUCCACCAAAGCAGAGGAUGGAGCGUCAGGAGUCUCUUGCACGAGAACAUAGCCAGGAAUACAUGGCAGCACUUCGGAGGGCCAUUGUAUUGGACAUCCCUCACGCAUACUCCCUUUCUGCAUAUGGAACAUUUCAGGAAACGGAAGGUGAGAACUCCAGCAGAUCAAGCGAGGGAAUCUCAUCAUUCUCCUCCAAGAAAAGGCAGGAAAGUUGGGACGGAUUUGUUGAGCGUCUGUUUGACGUGAAUGAGUCUGGUGACAUGGUGUUCAAGAAGUAAUAGAUGAUCGAAGGAAUUUCACAUUGUAGCAUAGACAACAAAAUUAAGUCAUUCUUUGAUUCAUAUCAAGCACCCUUUGUUGGGGUGCAUGAUUAUUUCCGAGUUCAAUGGGAGGAUAUCUGAGAAGGGCAUGAAAGGCUGCGCGUGAAUGUAAUGUCCAGUUCUGAACAAAAUGUAAAAUGAGAAUUUCAAUCUUUAAUGUCAAUUAGGCCACGAUUCUUUUA